CUCAUCCUCCUUUCUCACUCUCACCCUCACUCGCUCUCCACUGUUUUCUACCUUCCCGUCUGUCUCUCUCCCUCUAUAUAUACACGCCCUCCUGACUUCUCUCUGCCACCGCCAUCCUGAGCUCCAUAAACCCUCCAACAUGAUCUGCAACCUCUCCUUCCUCCUCCUCCUCCUCCUCCUCCCCACUCUUCUUCUUGCUGCGUCACCUUUUCCUCAUGGCGGCAAGGGCAAAGCUGAUCUGCAGGUGGCAAGGAUGAGUAGCAAGCCGGGAGAGGACUCCGGCGGGCUGCUCUCGUCGUCCAAGCGCUACGAAGGGUCGUCGGACCUCGUCCACCUGCGCUACCACAUGGGCCCCGUCCUCUCCUCCCCCAUCAACCUCUACCUCAUUUGGUACGGCCCCUGGCCGGCCGCCCUGCAAGCCCCCCUUCGCGACUUCCUGCUCUCCCUCUCCGACCCCGCCCCGCCGCCGCCCUCCGCCGCGCAGUGGUGGUCGACCGUCGCCCUCUACUCCGACCAGACCGGGGCCAACGUCUCCCGUCGCGUCGCCGUCGCGGCCGAGGCGCACCUCCCGGGUCUUCCCCGCGGCGCCUCCCUCUCCCGCCUUGACGUGCAGCUCGUCAUCGCCGACGCCCUCGCCGCCGGUUCCCUCCCCGUCGACCACGGUCGCGGCGCUUACCUCGUUCUCACCGCCCCCGGGGUCACCGUCCAGGAUUUCUGCCGCGCCGCCUGUGGCUUCCACUACUUCACCUUCCCCUCCCUGGUCGGUCACACGCUUCCCUACGCCUGGGUCGGCCACAGCGGCGUGCAGUGCCCCGACUUGUGCGCCUACCCCUUCGCCGUCCCCACCUACAUGACCGGCGUCGGGGCCAUGCGCCCCCCCAACGGCGACGUUGGCGUCGACGGCAUGGUCAGCGUGCUCGCGCAUGAGCUAGCGGAGCUCGCCACCAACCCCCUGAUCAACGCUUGGUACGCCGGGGAGGACCCGACGGCCCCGACCGAGAUCGCCGACCUCUGCGAGGGGGUCUAUGGCAGCGGAGGCGGCGGGGGAUACACCGGGCAGGUGAGCAAGGACGAGCUGGGAAGAAGCUUCAACCUCAAUGGGAGAAACGGGAGGAGGUUCUUGGUGCAGUGGGUGUGGAGUCCCGUCGUCAAGGCUUGCAGAGGACCCAAUGCCCUGGAUUAGUAGUAGAACAUGUUUCACCACUAGAUCUCCAUCACCUUUAGAUCUGGAACCGGACGGCGGAAUUGGAUUCCCUCCCACUCUACAUACAUAUUUUUUGGAUUCCCCGAGGACUCUCUAUCUCAGUUGCAUGUCCAUAUAAGUAAGCUCUAUAAAUAAAACCAUACGCUACUGUGAGUUUGCAUCGCAA